CCGGUUUCCUUCCAGCCUCCAAAGCAUGAAAGCGAGCCUCCGAAGGGUGUAAGGGUUCGUGCCCCGCUGGAUGCAAUUUCUAUAAGGUUAUUGGCCUGCCUCCACUUGCCAAGCAGGAACCGCCGGGGUAUCGAAGCCAACCAUUGGACAAGAGCGGCACUACCCCUGACGCUAACCGACUAGCGGCCUCGACUAGUGGCCUCAUGUGUGCCUCGCUAGUGCAGUUUGCUCAGGGGUGAGCACUGGGUAGCUCGUUCACAGCGGUCCCUGAGGGUCUUUGGGGCUUUGAUUACCCCCAGAGAAGACUCUGAGAGACUCCCUCCCAAAUGUCCAGGAGCCGCGGAGACUUCCCGAAUGGGUAAAGUCGACUCCAUCGGGUUCGUUACCUGGGGCCAGUCAGGGUCUCUGCCUAUCCACCAAACCCUGAACGGACCUGUUUCUUUGUGACUCCAUCCUUGAUCGAGUUAGUGUCGUCACUCGUUGCUGGCCCAGUCACCCAGCACCGUGGUCGGGACCUUUGGGCCCUUUUGGCCCUUUUCUCUCAUGGUGCCGGUGGGCGUAGCGUGCUCUGUCCCUUUUCUGGCCGGUCUGCCCAUCUCAUCCUGGCCUUCUUUCUCUCCUUUGACCUCAUCCUCUGCGAGCUUCCGUGUCCCCUAAACUCGGCCUUGGGCCAUAUUCCAUUCAUUCACUCGUUUGAUUACGCUUACAUUCGUUUAUUCACUCAUUCUUGCGCCUCCGACUUUUGCGAACAUAAACCCCCCUCCAGAAAAGCUCCCCAUCUCGACAUCAUGAAGUUCGAGAUUACUCCUGCCCGCGCGGCCGCGCUUGUCGCCCUCAUUGCCAGCGUUGAAGCUGCGCACCACGGUCAUUCCCACCAACACGGACACGCCCACGAAGCCCGCACUUUUCCGGAGAAUAAUACUCUUGAGAAGAAGAGUGGCCAAUGCCAGUUCCCCAGCGAUGCUGGUCUGGUUGCUGUCACCCCCAACGAGCAGAACGCCGGUUGGGCCAUGAGCCCUAACCAGCCCUGCAAGCCUGGCAAUUACUGUCCCUACGCCUGCCCUCCCGGUCAGGUCUCCAUGCAAUGGGAUCCCGAGGCUACCUCUUACUCCUACCCCAUGUCGAUGAACGGUGGUCUUUACUGUGAUGAGAGCGGUGAGAUCCAGAAGCCUUUCCCCAGCAAGCCCUACUGUCAGGAUGGUACCGGUGCCGUGCAGGCCAUGAACAAGGCCGGCAAGUCUGUGGCUUUCUGCCAGACUGUCUUGCCCGGUAACGAGGCCAUGCUGAUCCCGACUCUGGUCGAGGAGCUGUCCACGCUCGCCGUCCCCGGCAUGUCCUACUGGUGCGAGACUGCUGCUCAGUACUACGUCAACGCUCCUGGUGUUGCUGUUGAGGAGGCUUGUAUUUGGGGUACGAGCGCCAACCCCGUCGGUAACUGGUCUCCCUACACUGCCGGUGCCAACACCGUUUCCAAUGGCGACACCUAUCUCAAGAUCGGCUGGAACCCUAUCUACCUGGAGCCCGCCACUCCCUUCCGUGAUGUCAAGCCCGAGUUCGGUAUUGAGAUUCUGUGCGACGGAGAUGGCUGCAAUGGCCUUCCCUGCCGUAUCGACCCUUCCACCAUGGGUGUCAAUGAGAUGUCUGCUCCUGAUGUCUUCACCGGUGCUGGUGGUGCUACUGGCUGUGUCGUCACUGUCCCCUCUGGCGCCAAGGCGAACAUCGUCGUUUUCGACGUUGGUGGUAGCUCUUCCAGCGAGACCGUCUCGGUCUCUACCAGCUCGGCUCGCUCGACCAGCACUAGCAGCACUGUCGCUCCUACCACUACCUCGACCACGGAGACCCCGACCUCCACUUCAUCUGCCUCGUCUACCUCUUCUGCCACCUCUACCUCCGCCGACUCUUCCUCUACUAGCAGUCUUACCUCGGCUGCUGAUUCUUCCAACACUCGCCUGCCCAAGUCAAGCCCCACCAUCAGCUACACCUACCGCCCUCAUGUAUUCACCGGUUCUGCCGAGAUCUCGAUGGCUUCUUCUUCUUCAUCUUCUUCUUCGACCACUGGCUCCGCCGCCGCUGCCGCCAGCACCACUGCCUCCCACAACGGUGCUGCCUCCGGGACUUUCUCCAUCAUGAGCGUGGCCAUCGGUGCCAUGGCUGCCCUGGCCCUGAACUUCUAGAUCAGAUCUAAGAUGGGCGUAUCACAGACAUGAAUCCUCGCAAAUGUACAGAUGGCUUACGAGGACAGAGGACACAGAUCCACAGAAACCUCACUGGGUCUUCACAACUGCAGACAUGCAUCGAUUUGAUUUCUCUGCACCUAAUUUUUCCCUUCUAAUACCCCCCCUUUUCUACGAUUCUACCGCGUUCCCGAUGGGAAAGCGCACUUUUAACUCAUGACGACUCUUCCACGUUGCCAUUUUUCAAGCUUUUACGACAUUACACCCCCAUAUAUCCCUUGUGGCUCCUCAGCACUGUUUUCUAUUUUCUAUCAAGUAUCAGCUUCUUUGAUAUCCAUUUUUUUUCCUGUAUUAUUUUUUUCUUCCUGUGCAUUGGGUCUUGUUUGGGUCUACGUUAGAUGACCGGUGAUGUUUUUGAGCCGAACGAGUUCGGAGCGGGUCUUGGUUGGAUAUAAAGAAAUAACUAAUCUUCAAAUUCACUCUUCACUGUUUACAGCUCUCCAUGGUGCAUGUCUUGCUAGUUUGAGCUGAUACCAGAUGAGACGUGCACGAGUAGAUUGUACGCUUCGCUGUCUACUUGUACCUUGAGGAUAUGGCAGUAUAAUUGGCCGUACAC